AUGGCGGCCGUCGAGCAGCCAAUGUCAACAACGUAUGCCCCGUCAAGCGACGCCACUGAAGGUCUACCCCGCCCGGAGAGCAGGAGCAGCAACACGAAAUCUCCGCGACUCGACGGCGCCGACGCGGUACGGCGGGACAGCACGACCCUGCCAGAGAUACCGAUGGCGCCGCCUGUCGACAGAGAGACGGGGCUCUUCUCGCAGCGCAAUCUCGAGCAAGCCCCUAGAGCAAUGAAAGAGCUAGCGCCCCUGGUCGCCAUGCCUCCGCCGAGCGAGGCCACCGUUCACAGCAGGCUGGCCAAGCACCGCUACAGCCGGCUGGGGCGGAACCUCCUCUUUGAGGCGCGACCAGCGGUGGUCCAUUUCGGAGGAUACGUCCUGGGCAGGGCUCACUCUCAGUGCCUUCGAGUCGUCAAUAUCUCUCGCACCUCGCAACGCCUGCACAUCCUGGGGCCUGCCACGGACAACUUCAAGGUAAUGAACGACUUAAUUUUCCCGGAGCGCCUGGAUUUCGGCGUGCACGCGCUCGGGGAAACCGUUCACCGCGUCGUCAAGAUGGUAUGCAAGGUGCACAUCGAGCACACACCCGUCAACGCCAGCUCGGCCGAGAUGCACCUCCUCGUCAGUGUCUCACAGUUCAACUUCACGCCCAUCGUGUGCGUGGUAACGGGAGCGGGUCGGCCCGGUGUAGUCAGAGAGGCCGCCCUCGACGCAACGGCAUCAAACCUUGCCGAAGACAACGCCUUGCAAGACUCACUCGGCCCCUGCCGGAGCAGCCGCGCGCGCGCGCAAGCUCGUAGGCUACGCGGCGAGAGAGAUCGGAAGCGGCAGCACCAUCGACAGCAGCACCGGCGGAGGCGUGACGUGGGCUCUAAGGGGAGCUCCAACACGGGCACAACGCGGGGCCAUGGCGCCGGUAACGGUUGCUGUAGUGAUACCGCCGCCGCUGACGGUGGUGAAGAUGGGGAGGGUUUCGAAGUAGCUACAAGAGUUAGAGGGGCGGGUGUACGAAGGGGGAAGGGGACGGGUGUACCGGCGGCAGAGGAAGGAUUGGAGGCGAGGAGGGCGGAGGCCGGAGACGCGGAGGAUGGCUGUGGGCUCGAUGGCGGUGUCGACAAUAGAUAUCUGGCGACUGCCGGGGAGGGUGUUGACUUGGUGGACACGUGGGGUAUGAGGCCAACAUCUGCGGAACAUCACCCCUACGGUACGGGGAAAGGCUCCGGGGCGGUGUUCGACGCUGGAGGGGAGUGGCUGGCGGCUGAAAAGAGAGGGGAAAUGAGACGACCGGUCGAGCCAUGGCGUACACGCGCGGAACGGCAGCGGCAGCUCCAGGAGCAAGAAGCCCUUCGCUCUCUCACUCUCACGGCAUCCACCGAGCCUACUCAUGACGACGGAAACGGCGGCAGUGGGGGGAGGAGUGGUCGUCGGGAUCCGAGCCAUCCAGGGGGGCGCCAGAUCACCGACACUCCUGAGGGGGAGCGUGGCUUGCAGCAGGAGCGACUGCAGCAGCCGGCGCAGCUUGGGGGCAGGGCGAUCUGCGCUUACGAAGCAACAGUUGUAGGGGGCGACGACGGGAGGAGCGGGGCGGCAACGAGGCAGCUAAAGGAGAUGUCAUUCUUGCAGGACUUGGCGGACACGGAGUCGGAGGAGAGAGAGAGAUCUUUCAAGGCGAGCGUCGAACACGUCGGUGAACCCUUGCUAUCCCAGCGAGAGGUGGAGAGAGUCCUGGAAGAACGGAGACGGGGCGAGCAGGCCUUGUUGAGGAGGAGGCGCGAGAAAGAGCGGGAGUCUCUGCAAACUUGCCUGAAGGGGCCCAGUGAAGUCGGCGCGAGGUGUGCACGAGCUUCAUUGCUGUUCACCGGGGAAGGCACCCAAGGGAUCGGUUUCCGGCACAAGCCUGACUGGGACUUGUACAAGAACGACGACUGGGGGAGGCGGAGAGAGGUACUUCGGCGCCUGGUCAACCUGGUCGGUGCCUGGAUUGUUCGGAGGAGGGCCGGAAGGCGACUUGGGGCUAUUCAGGUGGCGGCGAUGGUGGAGCGCGACAACUACGAGGCAAAACUUAGCGCUGGGCCUCUGGCGGGCACUUCCCAAGAGUCAUGGAAACCCGUCGCCGACAGGGGAUCAUUUGCAAACGAGAACAACGACGACGGUGUAGACGACGGCGGCUGGGAGUUUCCCGACCUCCUGGUGACGUCAGAAGCACUUGCGGCGGAGAUGCUUGCGGAGUCGUCCGCAGGAAGAACGGCAAUGGGCACAGGCAGCAGCGGGACACAUGGGAGCGGGGGAGGAGAAAGAGGAGGUGGUCAAUACACGAGACAUUCGGCGGCGCCGCCACCCCCACCGCCGGAGUUCCAGCUGUCUGCCGAAGAUGUCGAUCAGUACAGGUUUCCUAUCUACGACGAGGGGGCCGCACUGUCUAGGAGAGAGGAGGUGGUGGACCCGGUGGGACCCCCAAGUGACUUUGUGGACAUCGAUCUCCUGCCUCUGAAAGAGCCGGAGGUGAGAAGACGCGACCUCCACAGUACCCCCGAAAAGACACCAUCGAGCAGCGACGGCAUGUGCAGCAUGCCCCUACCAGUCCACCCCAACAACCACAUUUCCGUCCGAACGCUACCCCGACCAUCAUUCAAUCAGCCGAGAGACGAAGAAGGAGAAGAAGAAGGAGAUGGAGAGUCGGAUCUGUCCGCCGAGUUCGGUCGGAAGGCGUCCAGUAACGGUGUCCGUUCUGCCUCUGGAUGGCGCCAGGGGCUGUCCACGACCGAGCGACGGCCAAUGAAUACGUCUACCUAUCCGACGGCGACGACGACGAAGAAGAAGAAACAAAUUGACACAUCGAACUGCCGCCAAACACUCGGCAGGAUGAUCCCUGACACCGCGGACAACGCUGAGGAGGCUUGGCUCCGAGCAGCAGAGGCUGAGCUCACCGCGCUGGCAGCUGAGGCGGAAAAAGUAGACAGAAUGCCAGAUUCUCUGCUACUCCGUCCACCUCCCCCCGAUGGCGUAGACCUGAUAACACCGGACCCCAGGUAUAAGGGGUUCCUGCCCGAGCUCCCAAUAGAUGAGGCCAGCCCGGAGUGGUGCCUGCGUCCGCAAGAGAUCCCACUGGAGGUCCCCGUCACCAAGGGUCUCCUUCUAGGAUACUCGCCGGGCACCACCACGCUCCGUGCCUACGCCGGCGCACCUCGCUUCUCCAGCUUUUGGAAACCCAAGCGCGAGCGUCGCUCCUCCGGCCUAGCGUGCAUGAGGGGGCAGGCGUCCAGAGGCGUGUGGCAACCCGCCCGAGCGCCGCCGCCGCCGCCGCGGCCGAAUAGGCGCGGAGAUGAAGGGAACGGCGUCCAAGGCACCCGCGUUGUCGGCGGUGUCGGAAGCGUUCUCAACAGAGCGUCGCCAGGCGACGAAGCUCCUGCUGUGCGUGGCAGGGGGGGCGACAACACGUUUAGGCUGGCCGCCGACCACGCUACGGUCGCGGCCGCCGCCGGGGAUGAGCUUAGCGCCAGCGAAAGUGAAGACGACGAGGACGACGCCCCGAUGCCCACUCCUGCCGAUGCUCGAACAGUGUUUGAUGACACGGUGGCAGGGCGCGUCGGGGAAGCGGGACGGUCCCUGAGCGGCAGCAGCUACACCGACCCCCCUCUUAACAGCGACGGUGAUAAUGCCGCUUGUGUCAAGCGCGAGGGAAGUCUCGGCGGAGACGUGGGUGGACGAAAAGGGUUCGCCAGGGAUAGGGCCACGGCGGCCUUGGAAGACGCGCGGAGAACGAAAAGACUCAAGGACGCCGAGAGGCUGGCGGAUAGAAUGGGUGCCAUCGGAGCAGAGGGAACAUGA